UCCUUGCAUAUCAUAUUCACGUAUUUUAAAGAGUGCUGAAAAACAUAAGACACAUUUACAAAUGCCAUGAGGAAGGAGCUACUGGUAGCCAAGCACCAGUACGAUUCAAUAUCGUUGCAUUUUCACUGGAAGGAGAAGAGGGACAAUUAUUAUCAUCGUCUGCAGCCGCCGCAAUCGUGUGACAGGCUGCUCCGAGAUUACCUAAUAUAAUAAUACGAUCGAUAUAUAAAGCGAGUGUACGGCCGAUGGUUUACUACUCCGCGAAUACAAGAUAAGGAACAAGCUUGCAUUUUUGCAGUCUUCCUGAAUAAUCGCAUUCUAGCGUAUCGACAUUGUACACAUCUACGAAGGAGAGAACAGCAAAGACUUGCGUCAUGGAGAUCGACGAGUGCUCUAUAAAUGGUGACUCUGGAGCGGAAGAGGAUGAAGACGAGGAACUAUCACAAGCUUCUGGAACAGAGACUAGUAGUAAUAGCAGUGGUAGUAGUACCACAACUGAUAGUGGUGAAGAAAGUGCGGAUGAACAAGCAACCAGUAGUUCCGAUACCCAUAGCUCUGUGGACGAAGAGGAGGAAGAAAAUGACGUAAGCGAGCAUCCUGAGGAAAGAUGGGAAACAUGUAUGGCUGGUGGAACAAAAGUUAAACUUCCUCAAGACUUGUGUGAACACGCAUCUAUAUUUAAGGAAAUGCUUGAUUAUCCAAGAUUCUGGGAUGAAUGUUUGAGUGAAAGUCAAAAAGAAUCUUUAUAUAGUUUUUUGCCAACAUUUCCAAAAGACUGCAAUAUUGAGGCUGAGUUGGAUAAAACUUUGGAUAUGCUUUUUCAGAGAGAAACUCAUAGAUUUGGAGUUACUCCGUUAGAUGAUUUUCACAAACAUCUUUCAGCCGGACACUUUAGGCCUGACAUUAAACGCAUGCGUACUUUAGUUAAAAAAGCACAGAAAAGAAAAUUCCUCUUUGAAGAAAGAAAGCGAGCUUAUGAACUUGCUGGACAACUUCUCAAGUCGAGGGAUACUUUAUUAUCGAAUGCUUACAAGCAAGGUUUUAGUCAACCUUCGCAUCGAUCGAUAUCAAAAUUACAAUGGAGAAAACCAAAACCUGCCUUAGUUGAAGAGCGAACGCAGCUACGCUACGCAGAGGAGUUGAAUGCAAUAAAUGCUGAGUUAGGCUCAACCUCUCGCUUUACGGGUUCUGAAUCUCAGUCCGACGACGAGGAUGGCAGUAGUAGUUGUUUGAUGACUCCGGCGCAAGCUAGUACCGGCGGCAAACUCCAACAACAGCUUCAGCUCUUACAGCAGCAACGAAGGAAAAAACGAGCUGCACAAGUAGCACAGCAACAACAACUGCAACUGCAACAACAGCAUCAGCAACAGCAGCAGCAACAACUUCUCUUGCCGACAAGAGCAAUGCACUUGACGCCCGAAGAUGAUGCAAUAAGGCCCGUGUACUCUACGCUACAGAGAGUGGGAACCGAAUGUGGUGGAGUAGUGAACGUCGGGACGAACCUAGCGGCAACCUCUUUAAGGCCCGAGCUUAACGAGGACUCGUACAGAGCAAUGCUCAUUGCUCACAAAAAGCGGAGGUCGCGAAGAGAUACUCAUCCGGAACUCAAUACACAAGGCAUCGCACUGUCAGAUCUGAUGCAACGGGCGCAACUCGGCCAGAAACACAAGCUGACGAUUUCGCCACGCGUGCCUGCCACAAAAAAACGUAUUAAAAUGGAGCAACAGCAGCAGCAGCAGCAGCAGCAGCAACAGCAGCAACAACAGCAGCAACAACAGUAUCAACAACAGUACCAUCACCAACAUCAGCAACAGCAACAGCAACAGCAACAGCCGCAGUUGCCGCCGCCGUUGGCCCUCAAAUCGAACACAACGCCGGUGAAGCUUGAGAGCGACACAAACAGCCACACGAGCGAUUAUUCCAUACAUAGCGCGGAUGAGCUCAAACACAAUGUGAUCGAACAGCCCGAUCAUAAGCCACCCGCGUGUCUCCUCGCCAUUGAUCACGUGGUAAAGCACGAGCCUCUCGAGACCAUGGAACAAAAGUACGAGAUCGAACCUCCAGCCGCCCAACUACCGCCCACGAUUAUGGACGACGACCCAGAGUCUAUUCAUAAUGAGAUGUCCUCGCCAAUAUCUGCAGCAGAGAUAAAAGAGGAAAUCGAGGACCUGGAGUACGAGACGGACAUUAAAGUUGAAAAUAACAUCAUUGUUGGUGACGAAAUUCCCGUUUCAGUUUCAAUACCGAUGGAAGUCGGGGAGGAAAUGGAUAAGAAAGAACUUGAUCUUGAUAGCAUUGACAUGAUGCAGUUACCUAUUCAAUUGGACGAUGGUAUAGAUAUUCUCGGAGAUGUUAAAUGCGAAGAUGACAAUGUUAUCACUAUACCAGAAAAAGAGAUGGCUGAUUCCAUUGUGGAAGAUAUUGUAAUGAAUGGCGAUGAACUUAUGCAAGAAACGCAUUCGUGUUUCUUCUCUUUAAUAAGAGAUGCUUUCCUCUCGAAAGGAGAAUAUCGAAUGAAUCGAAUGGAAAUGAAAGAUGCUGUUUUAUUAUGGCAGGACAAUCCUAUUUCUCCUUUAAACGACUGGUACUCUUUGGUUUCUUCGUGGUCGGUACUAGUACCGUUAGCCUUAAGCUUUCUUGCGGGAGAGUUGGUUUAUCCACAGGAUCAGCUUUUGGACGGUGACUAUGAACUCGUACCUUAUCUAGAAAACAAGGGACGUGGGGUUUACGCAUGGAUCGGCGCUGGAAGAGAUUCGGACUCUCGGCUAUCAGUACUGUGCAACAAAUUUCUGCUUUACAAAGACUCAUUGGUACCACCGAAGCCGCUCGUGCCCUUGCCCACGAUAUCCCAGAAACAGCAGUCCCAGCAAUCUCAGCAAAUCCAGCAAACACAGCAAUCACAGCAACAUCAACAGCAGCAGCAGCAGCAGCAGCAGCAUCAGCAGCAACAACUUAACGUCGUCAAUGUAAACAACCUUGAGGCGUUGGGCGUAUCUACGGACGCGACAGUACCCGUUGAUGGGCUCACCGCCGAUGGCUUAGCGGCUAGCUCAUUGCCCGAGUGGGAACCACCCAAGGCCCUUUGGCCAACGGACUGGAAGGUUAGACCUUCGAUACUCGAAGAGCGUGAGGAGUUCCGCAGGCAGGAGCGCAUGCGUUACGCUGCCCCCCACAAGGCGUUUACCUACAGAAUGCAUGGAUACGCUUCCGUUGUGGGGCCUGUCAAGGGCAUCUAUCAGCACAAUGCCGGUUCAGGACUUACGAAAGCGCGGGGACAUUCACUCCUCGUUCCCGAUCGACCGAAUUUCGUUACAAUCCUGGCGCUCGUGCGGGACGCGACCGCGAGGCUCCCUAAUGGCGAGGGCACCCGCGCCGACAUCUGCCAGUUGCUCAAGGAUUCGCAGUACAUUCAAGAGGACAUUUUCAAUAAUGAUAAGGAAGGGAACUUGAAUUCGGUAGUGUCCGGGGCCCUUGACAGGCUCCACUACGAGAACGAUCCCUGUGUCAGAUACUAUCCCAAAAGGAAGGAAUGGCUAUAUUUGCACCGGGCUCGAUCCGAGUCCGAAUUUGAAAUGUAUCAUCAACAACUUCAAGGAGUACCUAAGAAUAAAAAGAGUUCAAGUGGAACGUCGAGGAGCAAGGCAAUGCAAUCAACUCAUAAAAUUAUAAAUGUCAAAGAACAAAUUACAACAAUUGUGAAGGAAACGACGCCGAAGAAAGAUAAGAAAAUUGCUAUCCAAACAACUCCCACUAUUACUAGAAAGGAGAUGCCGAAGAAGCUGGACGAAAAAAUAAUUAGUACCGUCGACAAAUCAAUUUCUGCCUCUGAAAAACUUACUGCCGUUGUGCAGCAGCAGCAGCAGCAGCAACAACAACAACCACAACAACAACAACAACAGCAACAACAACAACAACAACAACCGCCUCCGCUAGCACACGUCAUAGCUACUCCAACGUCUUCGGUAUCAAUGAGCAUGAAUGCGACGAGUAGCAAUACCGCGAUAACGAGUAUCCCGACGAUAGCGACGAGCAACACUACCGCGGUCAGUGGCUCCUCGCUCUUGUCUUCUGGAGGUACGCCCAUCAACGUCAAUGCUAUAACAAUCGCCGAUAAGGAUUGUCCAGUCAGCGUAAUCGGUGCCGCGAUGGAACCCAAGACACAAUUGACGAUCAGUGCCGCCAGAGAGCUUGGCAGCAUGACGAACAUAAGCAUGGGCAAUCUGACCUCGGCUCUCUCCAGUCCACCAACCGUGAAGAAGGUGACGGGGACUAUGAGUGUGAAACCCGUUGCUGUAGUAAAGUCGAGCAAUGCCCAGAGUCUUCUGCAAUCUAACCAGCAGCACUUCCCACAUCAUCAGAUCCAGGUGUCGACCUCGGCAGGCCUGCAGACCAUUCGUUUAUCCGGUCAUUCGGUACUCCAAUCGGCUCAGCCAACCGCGGCCUCAUCAACGAGCGUCGCCACGAUAUUCCCUGGCGCUGCCAAGCAACAGCAACAGCAACAGCAGACGGUCCUUGGUACGCAAGCCGGCAAAAGCAUACUACAGACUUCAAAUCUCAAACAACAGCAGACGCAGCAGCAGCACGUGUUGCCUGGGAAAACGUUACUAGCUUCGCAAAUCAAAUUGGUGAGUUCUGGACAGAUCAAGUCCUUGCUCACUAGCCACGGCUUACAGGGUCAAACUAUCUUUAUAAAGCAGUCGCCUUCGGCCUCGGUCUCUCAGACCCAGGGCCAACAAGCUCAGGCUCAAGUCCAGCAACGCGUCGUUGGUACGGUCCAUCAGCAGCAACAGCAGCAGCAGCAGCAGCAGCAGCAGCAGCAACAGCAACAGCAACAAAGCCUGCAAAACUCGGGAAUGCAAAGGAUAAUCGCACAGAUCGGUGGUAAGCCCAUCGCCGUGCAAAUACAGCAGUCGCCGCAGCAACAGCAGCAGCAGCAGCAGCAACAACAGCAGCAACAGCAGCAGAAGGUACUUGCAAAGGUGCUAACGAGCGCUGGCACUGGACAGCUCAUCUCCGUUGAGAGCCUUCUUGCUCAAAAGGGACUGAAGCUCACCACUGCCGCACACGCGAAUCAACUCGCGCGCCAAGGCAAUAAAGUUAUUCAAACGCAAUACCAGGUGGUGACGCAGGCUCAAACGUCGUCGGGUCAGCCGAAGAUAAUCGUGAGCUCGCAGUCGGCACCCCAGCAAGGUACUGGCCAGCAGACGGUGCGCAUGGUUACGGCUCAGUUGGCGGGCAAACCCAUUGUCCUGGCGAGCAGUCCCAGCGGCAAAAGCGUGGGCGUGAACGUGGGUCCGGGAGGUAAUGUCGUCCUUGGUAAGCAGACCGCGAGCGUGAGCCAAGGCGGCCAGCAGCAACAACAGCAGCAGCAACAACCCAUCAUACUGCCGAGUCAAUUGCUCAAUAUCAAGACGCUGCACGGGCUCAAGGUCAUACCAACGUCCGCAGGACUGAAAACCACAGGUGCUGCGGUUUACGCAAGGGUCAUCGCUCCCACAACCAUCGGUCAAUCCAGUCAGUCCAGUAUUGUCCAGCAGCAGCAGCAGCAGCAGCAGCAACAACAACAACAACAACAACAACAGCAGCAGCAGCAG